UGUGUGUGUGUGUGUGCGUGCGUGCGUGCGUGUGUGUGUGUGUGUGUGUGUGUGUGUUAACGCUGUCAGCUGCUGUCGGUGGAGAGCAGCACCAACCAACAGCGGCUCAAACAGACCGACAAUGGAGACGGAAACACGGAUGGAGCUGCAGUAGAGAUCCGGGGAGGAUGCUGCGGCUGCUGUGAGUGUUUAGUCCGCGUCAGCUGCACCUGCCGUGGAUGAUUUUCCCAGAUGGGUUGUGGGGGGAGUCGGGCGGACGCUAUCAUCGAGCCCAGGUACCAUGAGAGCUGGACCAGAGAAACGGAAUCGACGUGGCUUACCAACACGGACGUAGAGACCUCUCUAGCAGUGGCAAACGGUAAAGCCCUGGAGGCCAGUCUGAGGGAGAAGAGGAUGGUGAACACAGGCACCCAGUGUGGGAAGCAGGCCCUCACAUCCACUGGCUCCAACCACCAGAGGAGACCCAGACGCUCCCUGAGUGAUGUAGGUGUCACUGGUAGCAGCAAACCACCCGUGACACCAAAAGGAGGGCAUCAAAAGAAGCCGGUGCGCUGUGUAAAGAUGGGCAGCCCGUCAGUAUCAACACUGGUGGAGAGGCUGCACCUGGGGACGUGUGUGAUGAAAGAUGAAGAAAAACCAAGACUCUGCGAAGAGGAAGAUGGCCGGAUCUAUGAAAACUUCACCAGAAGACGGGAUGGUGAUUUAAAAAAGUGUGUGGAUGAUCUUUGCUAGGGACUUGGUUCUUUACAACACAAGCACCUGCAUAAUGUCUCAAUCCAAAGAUCUCGGGAUGCUGCAUCUUUAUUGUGCCAUUGCAAAUGCAUGCGUGAAGUGAAGCAAGAGAGUGGAUCGCAAACAGUGUUAACGCUCUCCACCAGGCUUUUCUCCCAUGCUUAUGGUGCCGGUCAUGGAAUGGGUCACUGUGUUAAGCCACUUUUAAAGAAAACAAGAACAGACCGUACCGUAUGCACAUGAUAAUCACAAUCUGCACAUCAUAUGUUUUCUGUGUGUGUGGGGCCUUCCUUAAGAAUUAUGCUUCAGUUCUUUGUGCAAGUAUAUUCCUUUUGUUGUGAAUGAAAAAACAAGGAUGAUGCUGUUAAACUGUAAAUGCUGUAAAGGAUUUUCAUUUAAAUGACCCUGAAGUGCUGUUUAGAAACUCGGAUUUGGAGGUUUGACACUUGAAGGCUGAAGACUGUCUUUUCCAGCCUUUGCAAGAUAAAAAACAAACACACCCGCA